AUGACCUCGCUGGGAUUCCCCAUUCCCAAACCUGACCUGAUCACCCAGCUGGAAAGAGAGGAAGAGCCGUGGGUCCCAGAUCUCCAAGCCACCAAGGAAAGAGAGAGCCCAAGAAGCACCCGCACAGGUGAUAGGACAGUGAGUGAGAACAAGGAGGAGAAUCAGCAGCAGGAAGGUCCUGAGCAAGUGGAACUGCAGGAGAGGUUUUUGAGAAGAGCUGAAGGGAAUUUUUCGCAGCGCUUGGAGCAGGGAAAUGCCUGGGGAGAUCGACACAGAUCAGAGAUGCAGCUGGGAAACUAUCCCAGAAAGAAACUGAACAAAUCAAUUCAACAUGGCAGAGGAUGCAAGGAUCCGAAGGAAACCACAGUCCAGCAGACAAGUCACAAUGAAGAGAAACCCUGCAAAUGCCUUGACUGUGGGAAAAGAUUCCGUUUCAGUGGAAACAUUCUUACACAUCAGAAAACCGAGACAGGAGAGAAGCCUUAUAAAUGCUUGGACUCUGGAAAAAUCUUAAUUCAGAAGUCACCAUUUAUUAUACACCAGAGAGUGCACACAGGAGAGAGACCUUUUAAAUGCUGUGAGUGUGGGAACAGUUUUAGUCAGAGUGCAACGCUUAUUACACAUCAGCGUACCCACACAGGAGAGAGACCUUAUAAAUGCCUUGAGUGUGGGAAAGGUUUUAGUCAGAGUGCAACACUUAUUGCACAUGAGAGAACACACACUGGAGAGAGACCCUAUGAAUGCCAUGAGUGUGGGAAAGGUUUUAUCGCAAGUUCAGCCCUUACUAAUCAUAGGAGAAUCCACACAGGAGAAAAACCCUAUAAAUGCCCUGAGUGUGGGACAAAGCUGGACACGAUACUCGGCGGCGACCCAACCUCCACUGCAGAGACCACCGUGGAUAUUUUGGCAGCUCAGGGGAUAGUCAAGAGUGGACUGAGCCAGGAGAAAAUCACGGACGGGGAUGUGGUGCAGGAGGGGGACCCAGAAGCAGAGGACGACUUGGUGUUCACAGUUGCAUGA